AAAAUGGAUUUAUAAUAGUGAUAUUAUAUGUACAUUGUAAAAAACCAUAUGUACAAGAUUGACAAAACCUUUUGCUAGCAUUGUUUACAAAUCAUGGAACCAUGUGAACUUGUUCUAUACUUCCUCCGGUUUUUAAUAUAAGUCGUUUUAAAGUUAUGCACAUAGAUUAAGAAAAUCAUUAAUUUCUUAUAUUUUUGAAACAAAAACAUCAUUCAUUAUUUACCUAACUACAAUUCAACCAAUAGAAAAAUAGAAGAUAUAUUAUCAUUGGUCAGACAACAUUAAUUAUUAAUAAAUGUUACAUAGAAAACUAAAAACGACAUAUAAUUUGGAACAAAAAAAGUUUUUAUAAAACGACUUAUAUUGAAAAACGGAGGGAGUAAUAUUAAAGGGCGUAGCAUUUUACCUUUUAUCCUGAAUAAUAAAUGAUGAAUUGGGUGGGAUGGAUAUGACGCUAAUGGUAGUUUGGGACCCUCGUGGAAAAUGCACAACUAGUCAAAACUCGUAGACUAGAAAGGGAUCCAUUCUCAUCUUGGAAGCUUCUGGCAUGAUAAUCGUUGAUUUUUAAGUCAAACAUGUGAAUAUCUUGGUUUACUGAAGUUUUGCGUUUGCGCGAGAUUGUGCGAAUGGUAGCAAUUAGCAAAGUCUUCUAUCCUCACUCCUCUUGUGGUUUGCAGAGACGAGUUUGUCACGUCGUUUUAGCAUAGAGAUCAGAAAGAUUUUUUCAAGUAAUGAUAUAGUAUACCGUUUACACUUCUUUAUGGGUUUACUCUUUAGGCUAAUAUAACCCAACAAAUGUCGAACAAUUAUUCGUAUAAUAGAAUUCACAUUAACCCAAUAAAACUGCUUGAAUGUUUUAAAUCUGAAUAUUAGCGAAUCAUCAGAAAUAUUCUUCCACAACAUUAGGUUAAAUUAAAUAUUGAUGAGUUUGUUACCCUUAGAUACUCGUCUUACAGGAAAAUGAUGGAUUUGAAGAUAUAAUACCGGUGUUUUCAUAGGAGAAGGCUGUGCCAAGCGAAGUUGUUGCAAUAGUGUAUGUGAAGCAAACGGACAAACUCAUUAAUGGACUACAAGAUUUUGACUCCCACUUGUAAAAUGUAGACUUAUUUUUCAAAUUAAAUAAAUUAGUUUAAAAAAAAAAUUAUAUAAGAUAGAGUAUAGGUUUGAGCAUAUUUUUCCGGAACCGCGAACCUAACCAUACCAAAUUAAAAAUACUAAACCAAAAUUCAAUUGAACUUCAUAAAUAACCGAGAAGAUCAUAUUUCUCUUUUUUUUUUUGGAACUCAAGAUCAUAUUUUUCUAGAACCAGAAAAUUGAAACUGAACCGAAAACCGAAUGUAUACAUGAACUUUAAGAUACAAAUUAUAUAUUUAUAAAUAUUAAUUAUAUUUAAUUUAUAAAUAAUCAAAUAUCUAAAAAAUACUCCAAAAAACUGAAUCAUCCGAAUAUUUUUUUAUUAAAAAUAUUAAAAAUUAUAUAAAUUAUUAGAUAUUUUAUCCGAAUAACCUGAAUUACCUGAUAUUUAAACCGAAAACCCAAAUUAUUUGAUAUUUUUAAUCUAUAAAUCCGUAAUUAUCCAAAAAACCAGAAUAAAUCAAAACUGAAUUGGACCCAAUGUUUUUUUUUUGCAUAUUUAGCUGGUUCCAAACUUUGAUACUGAACCGAAACAAAAACUGAAAUAACCCAACUGAAACAAAACCGAACUUUGUAAAUACUUGAAUGGUUCCUAAAAUUUUAGAACCAAAACAUCAAAUAUCAAAAUACCCGUACCGAAAUCAAAUGAUGAGGAAUAAUGGUGCAUCUACAUUUAAAUGGUGUAAAAAUUAUUCUAUUUUUACAAAUGAUUUAACUCUUUUAAUGAGAGUACAUAUGUGGUUUAUAGACGAAUUAAGAUAUAAGUAGUGUUUUAAUAUCCAAUAUAGAACCGCGGCCGAACCGGUAAACCCGGUGGUCGUAUAUAAUCUGGACCGGCUUAUGUCCUUGAUGUAGAAUUCUAUCAGAUGUUCUACCAAUUGAUAUGUUUCCACAAAUUAGAUUUAACGAAAGUCUGUUAAUUACAAUUUUGAUAAAAUUCAAAUAUUCUCCAUUAACUCGUGAAUCGACAUGGUUGACAGGCAAAAACUGAAAAAAUAAUUAUAAUAUUUUUUAGAAAAAAUUGAUUUAAUUUCUCAUAUACUUUAUAAUAGUACAUAAAACUGAAUAAACUAUUUAAUUUGUCAUAUAAAGCAAAUGCAUUGUAUUCAUGUUAAGCAUUCUAAUUUAUAGAUUUUGUAAUGAUCUACUAUUACCAUUUUGUAGAUAAUUUAUUUAUUUUUGUUUAGAACCAUCAAUGGUUUUAGACCUAUUAAUAAAUAUGCUUGCUGGAAUGAGAUUUCUUAAUAGGUCAUAUAUGCAAUAAAUAAAAUAAUAGAUAUGUAUAGUUUUAAGCCCAAAAACCAAAAGACAACAUUUUCAUUAAUGAUAAUUAAAUUUUCUUUGUAAAUUUAGGAGUAUUUUUUCAAAAAAAAAAAAAUAUUUUUACGAAAGAAUAAAAAUGCGAAUGUUUCUGUUUGAAUAGUAUAAAUGCACUAAUUUAAUGUAAGACUACUUACAAUGGAAUGUUGAAUAAAAAAAUCAACAUUUAAAUUCAUUAUAAGAACAUGAACAAAAGGGCUGUUGAAUUAUUUUGUUAACAGUUUAAUUGCUACAAUAAACCAGAUGAAUUUAUAAAAAUACACGUGGAUUAUAUUUUAUUGAAUAUUUUCAACAAGUCGAACGAAGCUAAAAUUAGUCCAACUGUGACACUUGGCAACAUAUGAAAGGAAGAGAUAUUUCAUAGGACCCACAAGCAAUGUUCUAUUAUUUGGUAAAAUAUGUGCGAUUGUUUUCUUCUAAAUUAUUAAGACUUAAUUUUUAAAACAAAAACUAUACCAAAAUUCAUCAUGUUUAUGAUUUAUACAUAGAUAUUAGUCUCAUUUUUUGGGUAUAGUAAACAAAUUAUCAUUUUCAUUAUUUUGUAAUUUUAUUUGUUUAUUGGUGAUUUCUAUUUCUGUAUUUAUUUAUUUAAAAAAACAAUUAAGAUACUUUUAAGUUGAAAUGUAUUUUUAAUAUACUGUCUACAAAAUAAAGAAAAUAAAAAGAUAAAAUAUGAUAAAAUAGUGAGGUAAGGUGUUGAAUUUUUUUGUUAACUUAAAAAAAAUAGAUAGUUGUUGUAUUUUAUUAAACAACCCAUUGUAGGUAAAAAAAUUAGAUCAUUGUUGAAUUAUUAUAUGGAAUAAUAGAGAAGAUGACAUGGAAUCCAAAAAGUGAAUUUGAAGUGUUGAAAAGUUGUGACCAUUGUACAUGGUUUAAGAGGUAGUUGAAUUAUAAAAAAAAAUUAUAUAGAUUAAAUGUUGCUGAAUACAAUUAACUAUUUGAAUAAAAAAAAAGUGGAACUACUGACAACACAUGUCAUUUUCUAGAAGUUUUUGAUAUUUUGAUAUUUAUCUAAUUAUUUAAAACUAAUAAUUUUAUUAUAAAUUACAUAAUUUAUUUUUCUUUUUUAUACAAUUUUUUUUAUUAUUUAAAUUCUUCAUAAAUAGAGGUUCAGUUUAUUUAAUUUGAACAUAAAAGAUAAUAAUUAUUAAUUAGUAAAACAAUAUGUCAAAUUUUAUUUAAAAACCUCUAAUUUAAUAUAUAAAAGUUGAAUAUGUGUUGAAUGAUGAAUUGGAAUAAAGAAAAACUGACGUGGAGUGUUAGAAUCUUAUAACGGCAUAUAGUGAAAAGAUUAUGUGGAGCAAAAGGACAAACUAUUUAAUGGGAUAUGCAUGCAAAGAACUUGACGAAAACAGGAACAUGAUUUCUUCAAAAAAGAAAACUAUGUCAUCACAUGUUACAAUUAAAUUAAAACGAGGCAUGUAGACAUACAUGUCUUUAACCUGUUUUCCGAAAUUUCUAUAUUAGAAAAAUUCAAAUAUGUUCACUUCAGAGAUAACGGAUCGUUUAGUAAUGUUCGGGUCAAGAAAGUAUGAGAACGCUAAAGCACAUUCUAGUUAAGACUUAAAAACAAAGGACCAUAAUCAAAUCAAGACGCGGCGAACAUAAACUAAACAGAAAAGGUUUAAGAAAACGUUCAUCAUAGUAUUUUUAUAUCAUCAUCAAAUCCAAAUAAAAUGUACCGUGAUAGGUAACUAAUCUAGAUCUUAGUGCCAUUUGUGUAUAGAUUAUAGCUGAUCUUACUCGCUUUUGCCUUUUAUUUUUAUAUUUUUUAAUUGAACCCCAAAUACUCUUGUAAACUGUCACAAAGAGAUGGAUGGACCUAAGUUGACCACACAAAAAGGAAAGUAAUGGACACUAACUUAUUGCACAUCCAUCUUAUUCCAUCGGGCCAAGCAUGGUUGAGUAUUGGUUCAAAGUUUGUUAAGGAUUUAUUCAUUUGUUCAGACUCAAUUAUAAAUGGAAAUAAUAGAGACAUUUCCAUUUUUUUGGGUCGAAAAAAUAUGGUUUCAUCUUUUUGCCGGAACCCCACCAAUGAUUAUGAUUGUGACAUUUCCAUAUAUUACUAGAGUGAUUGUGGCCAUUGGGCUGAAGGUGUGACUUCGUAUAAGAUCAAUCUUCUCAUCUUGUUUCGUUGGCCUGUUGAGUUAAAGUCCGUGAGUUUUCUCUUACUCCUUUCCGUCAACUGCGAAAUUAGGAGGAUUUUCAUACAUUUUUAGGGUUUUUUUUGUUGCUAAAACACACUUUUAGUUACAUACCAAAGCCCCAAAUUUAUGGGAUCUGAUGAUGUGAGAAUUUACAAAUUAGCAAAACGUCUGCAACUCAUGUUCCUCAUCCGUUCUUUUUGUACUCCUGUUGAUGUUCCUCAUGUUGAAUUCAAAUUAAAAAAAAAAACGCUUUCGGCAAGGAUGAUUUGUACUUGUUCAAUAUAUAUCUUAACAAUAAAAAAAUUAGAAAAAGGAUUAUUUUUAAUUUGAGAAAUUCUAAAAUAAAAAAUCUCAUGUUGUUUAUUUGUUUAUGCAAUAAUUUCAAUUUCAUUGAAAUAAAACUAAUAUUAGAUGAUGUGGUUUCAGGCUUGAACGAUUAUGGGGGUUUCGGCGCCAAACUUCUUUAUAUUCAAAAGCUUUAAGUAUUAAAUUAUUUAUGUUAUUUAGUUUAAAAUCCAGUUGAGAUAAGGGCUGUGAUGUAGACGUUCCUCUUAGCUUUUGGUUCAUAGUAAGUAUAAAAGAGAAGAUCUUAUAAAAUAAUUCAAAAGUUGAAAAGCAACACACUGGGUGAGAGAUUUCUUGUAUUCUUCAUUAAUUUUCUAGUUUGUUCAAACUUUCUACAUUCCGUGUUCGAUCCAAAUCAAGAGAACAUAGUGUUUAUUGCUAUUCUGUAAAUUUUCAAUGAGGAUGGACACCAGUAGUUUCUUGUUAAACAUCUCAUCGUCUCCUUACAAGAAGUCCGUAAUCCAACUCUAAUGGAACUGCAAAACUAGUAACCUGUAAAAUUCUGACUACCAAAUGAGAUUCAUUGGCAUAAUGUUAUAUGUUCUGUAAGUCCUAAAAUUUUUGCACCAAGAAACAAGUCCUAAAAUCUCAUAUGUCACUCACUAUUAAGAUAAUCCCUCAUGCAUGUUUUAACUCUGUCCACUAAAUUUUAGGAGAUGAUCUUUUGGUAUUAGGAUAAUAUGUAAAUACCAAAUUAUAAAGAAUGUCGAGUAUAAAUUGUAUGGUUAGUCUAAAAGUCUUUAAGUUCAAUCUAAUCGAUAAUUAGUUAAUUACAGAUAUUAUCGCAGUCAUCAUCAAGAUUGAGAUAACCAUUUAAUCUAAGCAGUAGUCAAUCAUACGGAGUAAUUAAUUCCUCAAUAGCAAUUAGCAUUUAAGCAUAUUGGCCACAAUUUCGUAAGCGUCUCUUGUUAGUAAUUAAUCCAAACACAUCUACCACUUUAUAAAUAUAUAUUUAUAUCUUCUCUUCUUAUAAUAUAAAGAAGAGACUCCCUUCUUCUACAUUGAUCCACGUCACUAAAUGAAUUUCUCAUGAGUCGACACCUGUCUAAACGCAACUCCAUCCGCGUUUCAUUUAGAAUCUGUUUCAUGGGUUUUACUUGCUUUGUUUCGUUGUUGGCCCAUUAUAUCGUGAAGCAUAUGUCGUGAUCAAUACCUUUGUCAUGAAACACGUCGUUUUAUAUUAGAUGUUAGCGUCUGUGUUUCUUCGCGUCUCCAGGGGUGUGAUGGCGAUUUAGUCUUUAGUACUGCUUAAGAUCGAUCAACUCAAAUUUAUUGCGUCAGGAAGCUCAAUCAUCGUCCUUACAUCUAUCAACGCAGUUAAUAAAUAAUUUCAAUCCAGAUCUUUAUUCUCAUCUGUUCUCGAUCGUUUUCAAUUGUUAUGGUUGCUCCAACUGAUAAUCGUAUGCCUCUCCGUAAUUGCCAUCAUAUCGCUGAUAAUCUUCUCCGUCAGAUCAUGCAACUGACCUGUAAGUCUGUAACAAGAAAACUGUUGGCCCUGGAGCACCUUUUACGAAAGAGUCUCUUGCUGAAGCUAGAAGCCUUGAACAAGAAAGAUAGGGAAAGAAGAAGAAAGCCUGAGUUGAAAAACAACCUCGAAUCUUAUGUUUAUGCUACCAAAGAGAAGGUUGUUCCAGCUGAGCUUGAAGCAUUGUUGCUUGCUCAUCCAGAGAUUGCUGAUGCAGCAGUAAUACCCAUCCCUAACUUGAAAGCUGAGCAAUAUCCAAUGGCAUAUAUCGUAAGAACAGCUGGAAGUAACUUAUCCGAAAAAUCCCUCUGGAAAAAUUUUAAGAAGAGAACUUAUAAAGCUCGCAAACUCGAAGCUCUAGCAAACCACUCUAUCUUACACUUCACCCCUGAGCAGCAGGUCUAUUCUAAGUCGAUGCGUCCGAGUUUCGUUACGGUCCGAGCCAUGUCAGAGUCUCAGACAGCUCUAAAGAAUCAGCCACAGUCCUCGGCCUCCUCUGGAAAGAAGCAAGUUUUGAUAUCUUUUUCUGACAAGUAGGAUUUAGCUACUCUUGGCAACGGUCUUCGAGAGUGGGAACUGCCUCUACCUUAGAGAAUGCUGGAGUCUCUGUCACUUCCAAAGUGGAGACGCUUACUCAUUUCCCUGAAAUGAAAAGCAGUUUGAUGGCCGUGUGAAGAGUUUGCACCCAAACAUACACUGUGGUAUCCUCGCUAGAAGAGAUGUGGAGCAUCAUAUGGAAGCUCUUAAUGAGCAUGGCAUUGGUACAUUUGAUGGAAAUUUAUUGUGGAACCGAACUCUUCCUCCUCCAUCUCCAAUAAGACCUGAAAGAUUGGAUGUUUCACAUAAUCCAACGGCAAAACAAAACCCUGCCUUCUCUGGUGUACACAGAGAAGUGUCCUUUCUUACACUGCCUCCACUUCUCCAUCAUAUUGGUGAGUUAAGACUCUUGCAAGAUCCUUUCUUCAUAUGUUCCGACUCUGAUGUCUCUGCUCUUUGAUCUGUUACCAACAUAAUACCAUUGUGUAUACUAUUUGUUAGAUUGUUACUGUCUGAAGCUAUACCUUCCUCUCUCUCCAUGUAUAUAUACUACGAAACGUGAUUAGUGUUUGUGAAAAUAUCUCGAACAAAAAAUUUGAUUCUUAAAUAACUAAUAAAAGGAAUAUGAAUUUUAUUUAAAAAAAAAAAUUCAAUAACAUAAAAAUAAUUCUGAAAAUGAGAAUUUAUUUUACAAUAACAAAUACUCUGCAUGAAACACAAGAAAUACGAGAAACUAAAAAAAUAUUAUAAAAAUAGAAUAAGUCACAUAAUUUUAAAAGAUUUUUAACAAUUAAUUGAGAAAAAUAUAAUAAAAUAGUACUAAUAGAAUUAAUUAUAAAAAUAAAUGAAAAUUGUAUUUAUAUAAUAACACAUUAAAGAAAUCAUAUGCAAAUAAAUGUAGUAACUUCAUGAAUUUCAAAGAGAGUUUCAAUACAACUAAUUUAAUAGUGAUAUGAAAAUAUUUUUUUUGUAAUUAUAAAUUUUAAAUUGAAACGUAAUAAAAACGAUAAGAUAUAGGAGUAUAAAUGAAAGUAGAAAAUAUAAAAUAAACCAAUCAAAAUAUUUAUAUUACCAAAAUAAA